GCUAAAAAUAGCCAAGACAUCCCAUCGUGUCUUGUCAUUUUACAUCAGGGUACGGCAACAAGCAUAUAGAAUGGGGGAUGCGGAUGCCCUGAACCUGCCCCUUCAAAAGACGGUCUUCAUCAUCCAGAGGGAAGCACUCGCCCAGGACGAAGCCAUUCGCCUUCGCGUGACGCAAGCAGGGUUCCGCAUCGUCGACCAGACCCUCGUCCAUCUCACGCCAGACCGCGCGACAACGUACUACCUCGACAAGCUUCUCAAGCCAGAAGACGGCGCGAAGAAAACGGGUGGACGGACGGCUCGCGGCACGGGCACCGGUCGAGCUGUCGCGUCCACCACUGCGAGGAAGGAAGCCGCACCGCCGUCCACGCCAACGUCUCCUCGAGACAAGACGCCACGCUCCGUGUCCUCGGACGACCCAUCGCCGCGCGUAGGUACGGCGUCAACGUCCCCGGGGAAGACGCCGCGGGACAACGUGGCCGAGACCGCCGACGAUGCGAUCGCGGCGUUGAGCGGCGGCCCGAUCGUGGUGCUGUUGGUGGAGAAGCAGAACGCCGUCAAGGCGAUGCUGGACCUCGUAGGGCCGCAGAAUCCGACGCAGUGGCCGUCCACUCCGACCUGUCUUCGCGCGUCGUUCGCCCAAGACGGCAAGCACGUCGGCGUGCGGUGCAGUCGGUUCGCGUACAACGUGGCCGACGAAACGGCCUUCUUGUUUGCGCACUCGGGGAACAACGGAGGGAAAUUGGCCACGGACGGCGACCACGCCGCGGACGACGCUGGGAAAGCCAUGGUACAUUUGGACGCGCUCAUGGACUUUUUGUUUCCGCCAAAUGUCCAGCAUCCCAACUCGACCGGCCGGUUGUUUGUGUUUUCGCUGUACGGGCCGUUGGACGCCAAGUCGCGGCUCCGCAGUGGCGAAAAGGGGAUGCAUGUCGUCACGGACAUUGAGCUCAACACGAUGUGUGUGUCGAUUGAACGCGAAGACAUUUUGUCAGUGUACGGCAUGAUUGGGCUGUCAAGAGACGAGGAGGAAGAAGUGCUUCGGCAGGCCGACAAGCAUAUGAAGCACUUGCCGCGGUACACGCGUGCCGACAUUCAAGAGAUGUUUCGACAUGUGCCGCAUACCAAGAACGAUGGGUUCAUGUCAUUCCAUGCUAUGCAGCGGUACCGAGAUAUAACCUUGCUUCAUCGUCGUUGCUAGCUAGCUAAGCGCGAAUAUGGCCGCUUCAGAGGUCAUGCGCGGAAUGGUUGAUGUGAUCUGAUGCAGGAGAAUCAUGGAGGAGCGCAUUCGCCGUGUGUUAUGCAUGAAAGACAACCUCAACACGACGUUGGCGACGCCGAUCGUGUCCAAGUACCGCAAGAGUUUGUCGACCACUGCAACUGUCACCAAGUACCAAGUGGCGCCGCCGAGCAUGUUUGUCAAGGACAUGGGGCUAAACGGGUCCGAGAACGCCGUCGUAGUCGCCAGGUUGCUCAACUGUCACGCGUUCCAAAUCUGCCACUUGGCCGAUGGCAACUCGCCUGAACUGACGCAAAACGUGCGGCUGCUGCGGGAGGACAUUGCGUCGCCGCUGCCCCGCCUGCCCUGGAACAACAACCACGCCAGUGUCAAGCACACUUAAAUACAUGUAUUCAGCCCA